UUCUGUUCAGGAUAUGUCUCUGCAAACCGUGUUUGAAAAAAAAAUUGGUUCGAAUUUCGGAAAACUGAUUGUCAACAUCCUUUCAAAAUGGUCUAAGUUUUCUUAAAAUUUGUUUGGCCGGAAAUGUCAUAUUCUCCUUUCGAAAUGUCCGCGGCUGAAUCUUUGUUUGCCAUAUACCUUGCCCAUUUACAAAGCACGACGGGAAAUCGGGAAAUUUAAACAUGGAGGCAGAACAAGUUCUUCAAGAGAGAAGUAGAGGUAGAGGAAAAAAGGAAUAUUUAGUAAGAUGGGAAGGAAAAGGACCAGAAAGUGAUUCAUGGGAACCAGCUUCAAGUGUACCUCAAAAAAUUGUCAAAAGAUUUUCAUCACCAGGAAAGAAAACACCUGCCAAAAGGUCAAGAACUCGUUCAACAUCCAGAGGCAGAGGAGGUCGCUCUAGAUCAAAAACUCGUAAAGCUAGUAAAUCACCUUCUAGGAGAAAAUCUGCGCCUACUGCGGCUCCAACUAGACAGUCUAGAAGAUCUAUUAUAGAAACAAAGACUCCUGAAUCUGAAAUUAGGACAGAAACCUUAACUUCAAAGACGGACGUUUCACAGAAUAACAUUGGUACAGUAACGAGGACAGUGACAGAAGAGAAAACAGUUACUAGUUCUGUGAAAAAAUCACCCAUCAAUAGAUUUUCUGACUCAGACUCUGCCCCAGCAUGGAAACGAAAUUUACCAGACGUUGGCCAAUAUUACAACUCAGAUUAUGCCAUGAUUAUAGUAUUUACCUGUGUCACUAUAAUAACACUGAGUUUUGUUUUGGAAAAUAAAGUCGACUUUGCAGCAAUAUGGGAAUACUUAAAGAAUCUUUUCAACAGUCUAGUUCUGAUGAUGACUAGUGUGUUUCCAUCAUCACCAGAAACCAAAUCUACAGGUUCUCAGACAGGAAAAUAGAAGAACAUUGGCCAAUUAUUUAGUGUAUCGAUCACAACCUGUGGCAGCUAUGUCAUCGAUCACACAUUUAACCAUGUACUGAAAUUAUUAUAGAUGUAGAGUAGAGACUUCAUAGGCAAACUUGUGUCGAAACUCGUGUCUGGUUCAGGUUGUCACUUUUAUGAGCAGUCAGUACUUAAAGAAGAAUUGACUGAAUACACACAUUUUUCUUGUGACUAGAUUGUCCAUAACUUCAUAGUAGCGUAGUAAAUUGCAUAGAACAGACACUUCCUACAUGAAUAGUUAGAUUGAUCUAUAGAUUUGGAAACAUUUUAGAUUUUUUAACCUUAAUUUUAAUUUUCAAGAGUCAAUUAUAGAGCAGUUGCCUGAAAUUAAAGAAGAUCAUGAAAAAAAUCAGUCUGAGAUUAUUGGUAAAUUUUCUCAAAGUGAUUGUUACAUAUAAUGUGCCUUGAGUUCAGAUUUCAAGCUUCAUAAAUCUUUCAUUUUACAUUUUACUGUAGAGGGUUAAACUGAUUUGUUUAAGAUUUAUAGAAAUUGGAAAGGAAGAUAUCUAUGCCUAAAACAAAGUAAAUUAAGAAUACCUAUUGAAACCUUUUUUUUACAGACAAUCUUUUCUGGAAUAAUAGGCAAUAAAGAGGAGAUUUUUUAAAAUGAUGUAAAUAAUGACAUUUUGUAAAUACCUUUUUGUUUCAUGAAUUUUUCAAUACAGUAUAAAUUGAAACAUUGCAUACUUUUUAUAUAUAAUGAUAAACAUAUUAUGUACGAAAUAGUGCUUUUAUAAGAUAUCAAUUAAGUAAGCUUAGCUACGCAAAAUUUAUUUGCACCAAAUUUUCUUAAUAUGUGUUGAGUAUUUUAGUUUAGAAAAUUCAAGUUUUACAGUAAAACAGCUACAAGUGAUAUCAAUAUUGUGUUUUAAAUUUUUUAGGUUGCAUUUUGAGUUUUUAAUUAUUUUGUCUUUGCUUUACUUUUUGUCAGCAUUAUGAUAGCAGUGUUUCAAAUUUUUUCAACUGUUGUACUUUACAUGUGUUUUUUUUGUUCUAGAUUUAUUAGAUUAUAUUUAUUUUGUCUGAAAGAUGCUUUGCUUUAUGG